ACUGGUUAAUAUCUUUCCUCCUUUCCUUUAUAGUAUUUUUAUAACGUUUUUGUGACAAACUCAAAUAUGAAGUUAAAAGAUAAAUUAGAACUGUACAACUACAUGCAUUUACAUUUUUUGAGUGAGGAUUUUAAUAAUCCUACGGCAACACAGGACAGUGUGCUUCGUAAAGUGGCCGCACCUUUUGAAUUUCCGCUGAGCAAAGAUGACAGGAAUGACAUAAUGCUGUUCAAGUACAGCUUUGACGAGAGGGAAUAUUUGGGAAAAAUAGACAGAGUGUAUUAUUCAAUAUCCGGCCCACAAUUAGGUAUAUCAAAACGGAUGAUAUACUUCAUGGUUCCGUUUGGAAGAGGGGUGGUCCAACCCUUCCCAAGGUCGUACUGGCUAAAUCCGUCUUGGGAACCGAUUAAAGAAGAAGUGGAAGAAGUAGUAACUUUUGACGAUGAGCCAAUUGUUGAUGUAAAAGACGACACAGAGGAAGCUUAUGAGAUGUGCCUGUCCACAAAUAUGGCCGGCAAAGUAAGAAGACAUAGGAGUAUAAAGUAUACGGCAACUUUAGUGAAUGGGAAGAAGGUUACAGGAGAGGCCCAUGGAUUAACCGCAAGAAUAAUUCAGCACGAGAUUGAUCACUUAGACGGGAAGCUAUUGGUCGACCACGUCCCUCGAGAGGAGUUGAUUACCGCUGAGGAAUACAAGAAAAGACGCAAGGAAGCGUGGGGAGGCAAAAGCUGGAUGAAUAUGCAGGAAGAACUGAAAGCAGAGCACGAGGCGCUUAAAGCGUCAUAUCCAACACUUUUCAAACCAAAGAAAGUCAAACAGAAGAAGAAGAAGAAAAAGCAUUAGUGUUGUGUGGUGUAUCACUCACUAUAUUUGACCAAUUAUGGAAGUUUUAAAGACUCAAAAUUGGAACUAAGUAUUUAAUUUUGUACAUACCAUUAAACAUUAAAAUAAGCAGUUAAAAUAGGUAGCAAUAAUGUAGUUUUGAAACUAUUUGAUAACAUUCUAAAUUUGAAUUUAAUAUUAUUACAGUAUGAUGAAAUAGAAUGAAAUAAUCUAGGAUACUGUCAAACAAACUCAGUAGCUGAGUGGUUAUAGUGCUUACCUUUAAAUCUGAACAUCGCUGAUUCUUUUACCAGCAGGAUUGAUUCUGGACCUAGAUGCCGUUUGUCAUUGUGUUGGGCUAUCAAUUAUUAAUACUAAUAUGUAACAAAACGCCAACAUUACAAAAUAAGAGAAGACAGGGAAAGUAAAGACUUUACAAAGUACCCCUAGAUUGUAUGUCUAUCUUAGAAUAAUUUACUGAAAUACAUCAAUUAGUUCACAAUGGUUGGGUUUGAAAGACAAACAUUUUAACCUACUUAAAUUAUUCUUCUAGGUUUGUGGUUUACACUUAUUUGUAUAGGUACUAGCUGUCCCAGCUUUGGUGUCUAAAAAGGUUAGAAUGCAUAAGGAAAAAAUAUAUAGAUAUAUAUAUUCUAUAAAAACUUACAAUUUUCUGUAUGUGAUCAUCAAUUGGGUGUAAUGUGCAUACAAAACGUAAUCUGUGAUUCGGUAACAUCAAUAAUGUCAGGCAUAACUUAAUCUCGUCAACACAAUUUUCCAGAAUAAACCCAAAUUGUUGAGCCUCAAGUAUUACUUUCUUAUAGCUAGUUAAUAAAAUGAAUAAAAACCUUUUAUUGUUUUAUUCUAUAGUGACAAUUACAAUUAUUAUUAUUCUAGUAAAAAGAAUAACAUUAUUUAUAGCUUUUGAAUUGACUAUGAUUUUAGACCUGUCCAUGGACAGUCAGAUUAAUUUAUCAAGUAGGCUACUGUUAUACUGUUCAGUGAAAUGGCGACAAUACAAAGUAGGUAUUUUAAAGUAAAAUAUUUAAAAAUACUCAAGCAGCUUGACAGCCUAUAGAUUCAUUAUCUUAU